AUGUCUGCUGCAAACUCCUCUGACCUUGUAGGCUUCCAGUCCGAGCCCAACUGCGGCCGUGGCACGAUUGGCAUUCUAUGGAGCUGCUUCACGACCAUCGUCUUGUCCAUGUGGGCAUCUCUGCAUCUCGACCUUUUCGACACGGGACUCACGGUUCGCAUCGCCAUGUUCAUCGCGUGCCUGUUGCUUCCUGAAGCGGGCGUCGCCAUCGCAGCAAAAGAGUGGGCCACGGCGAUGCAUUGGCGUAAUGAGAUACGCAAACAGCCUGGGUGGGCGGAAUGGUCCCUCAAGCAAUCGUUUCUGGUACUCAUGGGCGGCGUCAUAUGUGAUCAGGGGAUCAAUCAAUCCGAGAUAUCGGCCACCAAUUCUGCCGCUCAGGAGGGGCAAGCUGGCAAUCGGAAGACCGAGAAACAGGACGAGACCACCGAGCUCGAGCAACAAGCGCUGCCGAAAGCCCCGUCAAUAAGGAACUCUUCAGAUUCUGACGAUGAAGAGAAGAUCGAGCCAAAUCGUCUGACCUUGGACGUUCUCAUGGACCUCAUCAAGAAAGGUAAUGAGAUCGACCACGUCUCUGAGGAAGCAGGUCAGAAGUCGCCCCAAGGGAAGGAAGCCGGAAGCCAACAAACAAACAACCCUGCUGCUGCCUGCAAGGAAACGGGUGAAUCUCAUCGGGUCACUUUCGACAUGUUCCCUUCCAAAAAGGACAUCAACAAGCGCGCCAAAACCGACGCCAUGGUUAAAGUGAUCGCCGUCGGCCAGGCUCUAUGGUUCGCUGCCAAUGUCAUAUUUCGCCUGGUUGUCGGCACCAGCUUGUCCCUGCUCGAGAUUGUCACUGUCGCAUACGUGUUAUGUGGCAUUGUUCUCUACGCCAUGUGGUUCGCCAAACCACAAGGCUUGGAGGAGGCCUUCACCGUGUCCAUACCGGCGGCCGUCAUCCCACGGAAGGAGGUUUCGAGGACGCCGAAGCGGGAGGACCCGUGGUCUAAGGGACAGGUGGCUCGGCUCGGCGCGGGUCUCGCCGUAGUUGCCUUGUUCUCGGCUGUUCACAUUGCGGCGUGGAACUAUCACUUCCCGUCGGUGGCAGAGGCGUGGCUAUGGAGGGUGUCUGUUAUCGGCUCGUGGGCGUUGGCGUCACUCCCCGUUUUGAACCCGAUACUGCCAGAAUCUUGGUAUUCGAGCCCCGGCUGGUAUGGUUCUUUCAAGAAGCCUCUGCGUAUAGUCAUAGCGACACCAUACCUCGCUCUGAGGCUUGUCACGUUUGUUUUGAUGUUCAUGGCGUUUCGUGCGGCGCCACGAAGCGUGUAUGAAGACGCAGACUGGACUUCAUAUUGGGUCAGCCUGGGGGGUUGA